AUGUUCCAUGGAUUGCCAAGUGAAGACCCCAUUGACCACCUUGAUGAGUUUGAUAGGCUUUGUGAUUUGACAAAGAUCAAUGGUGUCUCUGAAGAUGCCAUCAAGCUGAGACUCUUUCCUAUGUCUCUAGCUGACAAAGCUCACCAAUGGGAGAAGAGCUUGCCCCAUGGCACAAUCACCACUUGGGAUGAAUGCAAGAAGGCCUUUCUUGCUAAUUUUUCUCCACCGAUUGAGAAUCUCAACACAAGGGUUUACUCUCUGGAGAAUCAUGCUUCUUCUGUUGCUGCUGCUACAAAGCAAGGACAACUACCUGGUAAAGCUAUUCAGAACCCCAAGGAACAGUGCAAGGUCAUCUUCACUCAAGAAGGACUUGUUGAAGAAGAGGAUCAAGAAAGGGUCAUUGAAGAUUUUUGUUUACUGCUGAAUGAUGAAGAGAUUGUUGCUGCUGAGGCUCCUGGAGUCCAGAUUGAUCAACCAGAAGUGCAGGCACCUACUGUGGCCAUUCACACUUCACCAGUUGAGCUCGCACGACAAGCUCGAUCGGCAGCUCGAUCGAGUCCAACUCUAGCUCGAUCGAGUCCGACCUCUUCUGUCCGACAACCUGUUUUGCUUGAUCCUUAUCAACCGGUUGCCGCUUCCUCGUCUCGCCUACUUAGUCAAGGUCACAAGGAAGUGAUUCACAAGUUCAGAAGAGAUCUCAGUGGGAUUGGAAUUGAGUUGCCUCUAUGGAUAGCAUGA